UGGUCCCCUAUUAUGCUUCUACCUUCUGUUGAAGAUCUGAGGUACAAGUAAAGAACAACUUUAAGCGUCAUCAGUCUCACUGUUUCACACACACAUAUAUAAGGAGAGGAGAGGUGUAUUGAGUUCUAUUGAGCUAAGGUGCAUGCCUAAGUAAUUUGUUUUUGGAUAAUGUGGAUGUCUAAGUAAUUAAUUGAUAUUUGCUCAACGUGUUUAAUUGGGACCUUUACAUAGGACAGGCCCGGGAGCGUGCUUGGCGAAUUGGUCAGAAAAAGGAUGUUACAGUGUAUCGAUUGAUUACCCGAGGAACCAUAGAGGAGAAGGUGUAUCAUCGACAGAUUUACAAGCACUUUCUUACCAACAAAAUAUUGAAGAACCCACAGCAAAGAAGAUUUUUCAAAGCAAGAGAUAUGAAGGAUCUCUUUACAUUAAAUGAUGAUGAAAAUGGGGGAUCUACAGAAACAUCUAGCAUUUUCAGCCAGGUAUCUGAAGAUGUGAACAUUGUUGGGGCCCCAGAUAAUCAAGAUAAACGAUCUUUUAAAGCAACGUCAGAAAAGGAUGGUGAUUCCAAUAUUGGCGGGGGAAACAACUCAAAAACCAAGGGAAACGUGGGAGAUGGUAACAGCAAUGGGGAGUUAGAUGGAGAAGCAAGCAUCCUGCAGAGUCUUUUUGACGCUCAUGGGAUCCAUAGUGCGAUGAAUCAUGAUGCUAUCAUGAAUGCUCAUGAUGAAGAGAAGUUGAAGCUAGAGGAGCAGGCAUCCCAAGUAGCUCAGAGAGCUGCAGAAGCACUGCGACAAUCAAGAAUGCUUCGAAGUCGAGAAAAUGUAGCAGUGCCAACUUGGACUGGCAAAUCAGGAGCUGCUGGGGGGCCAUCAUCUGUUAAAAGGAAAUUUGGUUCUACUGUUAAUCCUCAAUUAACCAGUAAGUUAUCUGAAGAAUCAUUGAAUGACUCUGCUAGUAGGGCAAAUGCUUUUGCUGCUGGGGCAUCUGCUGGAAAAGCAUUAUCUUCAGCGGAGUUAUUGGCUAGGAUUAGGGGGAACCAAGAGAAAGCCGUUAGUGAUGGACUUGUGCAUCAGUUUGGUAUGUCGGCUUCAACCUCAAAUGGCAGAGCAGGUUCUCUAAAUAGUGGGCAUCGGAGUGCAUCUUGUAGCUACGUAGUUCAGCCAGAGGUGUUGGUUCGCCAGAUCUGCACGUUUAUACAACAGAGAGGUGGGAAAACCAAUUCAGCCAGCAUUGUAGAUCAUUUCAGGGACCGGGUACCAUCAAAGGAUCUGCCACUGUUCAAGGGUCUUUUGAAGGAAAUAGCGACUCUGGAUAAACAACCUAGUGGAUCUUUUUGGGUGUUAAAGCCUGAAUACCAGGAUCAGUAGCCCCUUCCUAUUUCAAACAUAUGAUCCGUAAACUUCGCCUCUGCUUCUUCAGAAAUGACAUACCAUAUAGCAGCUAGAAACAUCUCAAAUGAUUCAAAGUUCAUUUUGCAGUUAAAAGUUUAUCAUUCCUUCUGGGGUCAGGGUUGUUCGUUAGGCUGAGAGACUUCCUUUUUAGUUCUCAGCAUCUUUGGUCAGUAUAGCACUCUAGGUUGAUGGACCUAUGAGUAGUGUACAUAGUUGGAUCAUUCUUUUGCUUCCCAUAAAUCAUUGGUUUUUCUUUGUAACAGGGAUAGUUGAUGCACCAAAAAUGAAGCUGUGCAAGAAAUUGUUUACUUUUGCUUUGUCUUACACAGUAGCUACUCGUUUCAUUGGAUUGCUAUGUGCGAAAUGGAGCACUAUGGAGGUUCAUGCUUG